CUCAAGAAACUGUUGAAGCUCCCCGGCAAUUCGACCUGCGCCGACUGCUCGACCCCGGGGCGCCCGAACUGGGCCUCGGUGUCCCUGGGCGUCUUCCUCUGCCGGGACUGCGCGACGAUCCAUCGGGGCCUCGGGUCGCACGUCUCGCGCGUCCGCUCCGUGGGCCUCGACGAGUGGACGACGGCGCAGGUCGACAAGAUGGAGCGGUGGGGCAACGCCGCGGCGAACGCGUACUUCGAAGCCUCCGUGCCCUACGACGCGCGCUUAUCGGCCGCGGGCACG